AUUAUGAAGCCUGUCUCCAUAUCUUCCUUUCAAAAUGCUAAGGUAUAAUUUGAGCAACAGUUCAGACUCUAAAAAUGAAGAUGGCUCAGUCUUUUCACAGACGGAACAUAAUAUUGUUGCAGCAUACUUGAUUAUGGCAGGUAUGAUAAGUAUUCUCAGCAACAUAAUAGUUCUGGGUAUCUUUAUUAAGCACAAGGAGCUUCGGACACCCACAAAUGCAAUUAUCAUUAACCUGGCUGUUACUGACAUCGGCGUCAGUAGUAUUGGCUACCCCAUGUCUGCUGCCUCAGAUCUGCAUGGAAGUUGGAAGUUUGGAUAUGCAGGAUGUCAGAUUUACGCUGGAUUAAAUAUCUUUUUUGGUAUGGCGAGUAUUGGAUUACUUACGGUUGUGGCUGUGGAUCGAUACCUGACUAUCUGCCAUCCUGACGUAGGAAGAAGAAUGACCUCCAACACUUAUGUCAGCAUGAUCCUGGGGGCCUGGGUCAACGGCUUCCUCUGGGCUUUGCUGCCUAUUCUAGGGUGGGCGAGUUAUGCUCCAGACCCUACUGGUGCCACCUGUACCAUAAACUGGCGCAAAAAUGACAAAUCUUUUGUUUCUUACACGAUGACAGUUGUUGUGAUAAACUUUGUCGUGCCGCUGGCAGUGAUGUUUUACUGCUAUUACCACGUCACUCGAUCCAUUCAGCGUCGUGCUGCUGGUAACUGUGCCGAGUACAACAGAGACUGGUCGGAUCAGUUAGAUGUAACAAAGAUGUCUGUGAUAAUGAUAGUGAUGUUUCUGGUGGCUUGGUCUCCUUAUUCCAUUGUGUGCUUAUGGGCUUCUUUUGGUGACCCAAAGAAAAUUCCACCAUCUAUGGCAAUCAUAGCUCCACUGUUUGCGAAGUCGUCUACAUUCUACAACCCAUGUAUUUAUGUGAUUGCUAAUAAGAAGUUCCGGAGAGCAAUAUUUGCCAUGCUCAAAUGUCAGACUCACCAAGCAAUGCCUGUGAUGAGUACUUUACCAAUGAAUAUAUCUCAAAAUCCAGUGGCUUCUGGAAGAAUCUGAAGCAGGAGAAGAGCACACACUAUCAACAUUUUUCUUUUUUUUAGGAAUAAUUUUCUUUUAAAUUUGACCCAAUUUAGAUCAUAUGCAGACCUAGAUAAGUGUCCUAUUAUAUUGUAAAUUCUUACAGUGCAGC